AUGUCGGGCAUCGCAGCCAAAGUGGUGAAAGAUCGGGAGGCGGCAGCCGGCCUGGGCUCUCACGAGCUGGCAGUCAAAUACCUCAACCAGGACUACGAGACUCUCCUCAGCGAAUGCCUUGAGCAGGGCAGACUCUUUGAGGACCCUAUGUUCCCGGCGAUUGGAUCUUCCCUGGGGUUCAAGGAACUGGGACCGUACUCGAGCAAAACUCAGGGCGUCGUCUGGAAAAGACCCACGGAAAUCUGCUCUGAUCCCCAGUUUAUUGUUGAAGGAGCAACCCGCACAGACAUCUGUCAAGGAGCCCUGGGUGACUGCUGGUUGCUGGCAGCCAUUGCUUCCCUCACCCUGAAUGAAGAAAUCCUGACGAGGGUAGUUCCUAAAAACCAAAGCUUCCAAGAAAACUAUGCUGGAAUCUUCCAUUUUCAGUUUUGGCAAUAUGGUGAAUGGGUAGACGUGGUGAUCGAUGACAGGCUACCCACAAAGAAUGAUGAGCUCCUCUUUGUCCACUCUGCUGAAGGAAGCGAAUUCUGGAGUGCCCUCUUGGAGAAAGCCUACGCCAAGGUCAAUGGAUGUUAUGAAGCUCUCUCAGGAGGGGCUACCACAGAGGGCUUUGAGGACUUCACUGGUGGGAUAGCUGAGUGGUAUGAUCUGAAGAAAGCCCCUGACAAUUUGUUUGUCAUCAUCCAGAAGGCCCUGCAGAAGGGUUCUCUCCUUGGCUGUUCCAUUGAUAUCACAAGUGCUGCAGACUCAGAAGCGAUAACUUUCCAGAAGCUGGUGAAAGGACAUGCUUACUCAGUUACUGGAGCAGAAGAGGUGGAGUUCAGAGGAAGUCUGCAGAAGCUGAUUCGCAUCAGAAACCCCUGGGGAGAAGUUGAAUGGACUGGAAAGUGGAGUGACAACUGCCCUAACUGGAACAGCAUAGACCCCGAUGAGAGGGAGAGGCUAACCAGGAAAUUUGAAGACGGAGAAUUCUGGAUGUCUUUCAGUGACUUCCUAAGACACUAUUCCCGCCUAGAGAUCUGCAACCUCACCCCAGACACAUUAAUCAGUGAUUCCUACAAGAAAUGGAGACUCACCAAGAUGGAUGGGACCUGGAGACGGGGUUCUACGGCAGGGGGCUGCAGGAACUAUCCAAACACUUUCUGGAUGAACCCCCAGUACAUGAUCAAGCUAGAAGAGGAGGAUGAGGAUUCUGACGGCUCUGAGCCAGGAUGCACCUUCCUAGUGGGUCUCAUCCAGAAACACCGACGACGCCAAAGGAAAAUGGGAGAGGAUAUGCACACUAUUGGCUUUGGUAUCUAUGAGGUUCCUGAGGAGUUUUCUGGUCGGACCAACUUACACCUCCCCAAAAACUUCUUUCUGACGACCAGAGCAAGGGAGAGGUCGGAUACAUUCAUCAAUCUCCGAGAAGUGUUGAAUCGCUUCAAGCUGCCCGCUGGAGAAUACGUCAUCGUGCCUUCUACUUUUGAACCCCACAAGAAUGGGGAUUUCUGCCUUCGAGUCUUUUCAGAGACGAAAACUGAUUCUCAAAUUGUUGAUGAUGAAAUUGAGGCUGAGCUGGACGAGAAUGAUGUUGAUGAAGAUGCCAUUGAGGACAAUUUCAGGAAACUGUUUGCUCAACUGGCAGGAGAGGAUGCAGAGAUUUCUGCCUUUGAGCUGCAGACUAUCCUGAGAAGAGUCCUAGCAAAACGUCCAGAUAUCAAGUCGGAUGGCUUCAGCAUCGAGACUUGCAAGAUCAUGGUGGACAUGCUGGAUGCUGAUGGGAGUGGUAAACUGGGUCUGAAGGAAUUCUACCUUCUCUGGUCAAAAAUACAAAAAUAUCAGAGAAUUUACAAGGAGAUGGACAUUGAUAAGUCCGGAACCAUGAAUGCCUAUGAGAUGCGUAAAGCAUUAGAAGAAGCAGGUUUUAAGCUACCCUAUCAGCUCCAUCAGGUCAUUGUGGCUCGGUUCGCGGAUGACGAUCUCAUCAUCGACUUCGAUAAUUUUGUUCGGUGCUUAGUUCGACUGGAAACACUGUUCAAGAUAUUUAAGCAGUUGGACCCUGAGAACACCGGAACGAUAGAACUCAAUAUUACCAGUUGGCUGUGUUUUUCAGUCCUUUGAUAUAACAAUUGAUCCUACUGAAGACUUCCUAUGAAAUUAAGAUCACCUGAAGAUUAAUCUUCCAUAAAAGAAACACUAUGUCCUCCUUUUGAUCCGUACCUUGAGUUUAUGAAUAGCAACUGUUUGAACUAAUUAUUAGGACUGACAAAAAGUAGCAUUGUCAGAAGAGAUCAAAAUUUCCAGAUGCCCAAAGCAACUGAUCUGUAGUCUCAUUACAUUAUAUACAAAAAGUAUAGUUUAGCUUUUUGCAACCUAAACGAAAGCUUUAAUUUUGUAAAUAAGACAUGCCUUUUUUUUUUUUUUUACAUAUUUACAUAUAUAUAACAAUAUUAAGAAAAAUGCAGGAAGAACCCAAAAUACCUAUGCAAACAUGAGGCUAUUUUUUAAGGAAUCAACCCCUCAUUGUGCAUUAAGUAUUUACAUUUGCCAAUUUAAUUGACAUCCCAGAAAUGACAAUGAGGUCACCAUUUUAUUGAAAUAAGAUGGAAAAUAUAACACAUAUCAGAAAGUCCAUGCGAUACAAAGGAAAAAGCACGGGAUUUGAUGUCAUAAGGCCUGUAUCCGUAACUACUUCUUAUCUGAUAUCACUUUGGGCAAAAUACUUCACUCUCUAUCUCACAAUUAUAAAAUGAGAUUGGAUUAGAUUGCAUCAAAAGUCCCUUCCUCUAAACCCCAUGAAAUAAUCUGACAUAAAACUUUUAAAGAUUUGAGAGGGGAAGAGACAACUUAGGUAAUGAAUCCUUGGACAAGUCAGUUUAUCUGAGCCUUGGUUUCCUCAUCUAUAAAAUGAGGGGGUUGGUCUGGGUGAUACUAAGGUCAUUAACAGUUCCAAAUCCUUUGAUUUUGCUUCUACCCUCCAAGUCCUUUGAAUUAAGCGAUCCUGAAAAUAUCAAAUCAUUAUCUUUAGCCCUAAUAAGUACUAGAGCAGAAUCUGGUCUUCUUAAUGCCAUAUAGAGUGAAGGAUUUAGAUUUUUUAUACUAAUGAACUCCAGCUCUGGACCAAUCAGAAGACUGGGUGCCAAAACCAGACUAUCAUGUUUGUAAAGUUGAUGAUGACAAAGGAUACAUUGGGCUGCUUGCUGGCUCAAUACUUUGGCAACUAUUGACUUCAAGAAUUCAGUUGGCCUGUUUGUGCAGUUAAGGUCAAAGUCAAUAGCUGUUCAUCAGGAAACAGUUCUAGGUUAUUUCCUAACUUUAUCAUUGAAUAAAUAUAAGCAAUAUUAAAACAACACAAAAAGUC